AUGGACUCUUCCAAAUUAUUUGGAGAAGUAGAAGAAUGUAACAGCAGCGAAUCAGGUUGGACAAUGUACAUUGGCUCUCCUUCAAAUAGUGAGGAUGAUGAUGAGCUGGAAAAUGAGGAUUUUGAUGAAUUACAAGAUAAUAAUAAAGAAGUCAUUAAUCGCGACGACAACGAAGAUGGUGAUACUGAUGAUUCAAUGGCUUCUGAUGCUUCUUCAGGCCCAAGUCAUAGGAAGUAUUUUACUAAAAAUGGAAAGAAUACUGGUCCAAGUCUUGCCAAUAUGGUUCAUUACAAGAAUCCAAAGGAAAAUAAUGAGGAUCACAAAGUUUGCAGCUUGAACAACAAAGGCAAUAAUUCAAUGAAAAGUGGUUACAAGAAUGAAGUCAAGGAAGAAGAGUCUGUUUUUACUGCAAAAGGAGCACCUUCAAAUGAUGGUAAUAAGGUUAGGAAAAGUAUUUGGAUGGGUAAAGGGAAGAAGUAA